UAAAUGGGAAUUAAAGUGAACGUGAAAUCAAAAGGAUGAAUAGUCGCUGGUUCUUUAGCGUUAAAUGACGAACAUGAAUUACACAUUAAAUAAAAACACAGAAAAAGAAAAAAAAAUAUAUGCCGGCAAACAUUACUGAAAAGAAAAACUAAUGUUAUCAUUCAACCACGUACACGAUUCUUCUUUUUUCUAUCAUAUCGUAUGAAGUUUUCACUAAAGUUUAUUCAAAAUUGCAAAAACCAGGCUGCCAAGGCUGGAGCCCCCGGGAAUAAAAAGUUCAGGAUCUUUGUCAUUACAGUGUCAUUCUUUGUGACAAUCAGCGGUAUAUAAGGAAUAGCCGAUCCAUGAUUAGCCAGUCUAACUCCAGGCAUCAGUCGGUAGCUCCGCCUCGCUCACUCGUAGAUAAUAUGAUUUACCAAGUGGGUUUCUAACGAGAGAAGUGCUUGAAUUGCUCACUAGCGAAAAUAACUUUUUUUUUUUUUACCUGCACACGGUUUACGCACUAUAUCACUUCCCUUGUGAAUUGAUAAUUAUAUAAUGCAGUGAAAAUAGGAUAACAGCUUUAUGAAGAUUAUAACUGCCAAUUAAUAAAAUUCAUGCGUUUUCCGAUCACAAUUCUUCUUGUAGUGUUGGCUGUUACACUUGCCAAUCCUACAAAUUACGGACCUGUCUAUGCUGCUGUCCCUCUACCAUAUGGCUUCAACUACGCAGUGAACGACGCUUACAAAGGAACCAACUUCGGCCAGACAGAGAAGUCCGACGGGAACAGUGUGUGGGGAUCCUACACCGUCGCCCUCCCCGACGGUCGUAAACAAAUUGUCGACUAUACAGCUGACCACGGCAGGGGAUUCGUGGCGAAGGUCAGCUACUCCGGCAAGGCUCAGCACCCCAAAGUUUCUGGUCCUGCCAUCGUCUUCCCUCAGAACGGAGGAGGAUAUCAUUAAUGUGAACUUAGCUUGUGUAUUAUCUUUGUCCAAGACGUAUAAAUAAUG